AUGAUGAAAUACGCACGAGUUGAUUACCAGCAGGAGUAUAUCGAUACGUUGUGGUGUGAAUUCCGUAUUGAUCCCACUGAUCAGGGUGACUUCCGGAUCUCGCCCAACCAUCUGCACAUCUGGCCUGGUAGAGAAUUCAUGUUCAUCGCCCUCCCAUCUCCCGACAAGUCGUUUACCUGCACGCUGUUUGCUCCUGCGGCGCACUAUAGCAAGCUAGAGCAAUCCCCCCAGCAGCUGUUGGAGUUCUUUCAGACGUACUUUCCAGGAGUUUGUCCCGAGCUCAUCGCACCUGAGGCACUUCAGCGGCAGUUUUCCGAAAAUCCGCAUCUCCCCCUGAUCAGCAUCAAAUGCAAGCCGCAUCACUAUGGGUCGAGUGUGGUGAUCAUCGGCGACGCCGCACACGCAGUGCUGCCGUUCUAUGGCCAGGGUUUGAAUGCCGGCAUGGAAGAUGUCCGGGUCCUUUUUGAGCUACUCGACCAGCACGGAGUGUACGACCAAGACGACAGUCAGGGAAGAGACUCUGCUCGAGCCGCGGCUCUUCAGGCGUAUACGGACCUCCGGGUGGCUGACGCGCACGCGAUCAACGAUCUGUCGAAGCGAAACUAUCUCGAGAUGCGUUGGGGUGUUACUUCUCGCCUGUACAAGAUCCGUAAAUAUAUUGAGGAGACGUUGGACCGCUAUGUCCCUCAGCUGGGCUGGCGGACUCAGUAUUCGCGCGUCAGUUUCAGCAACAUGCGGUACUCAGAAGUGGUUCUGGCAGCGGAACGGCAGGGUAGAAUCCUCAGCAUGGGCGUGACUGCGGCGCUUGCUUCCGUGACGAUUGCAGCGAUCGGGCUGGGAGGAAUGCUGGUCUGGAAAUAUCCCCGCCAGUUCACGCCUCACCGGCUGUUGACUGAUCUGUCGAUGAAGCAGUUUUUCAGGACUGCAUAUACUUGA